GGAGGGGUUGAGAAUGAGAGAGAUGUGCGCCCCGCGGUCUGCAAGCAUCAGACGAGCAGCGGCGGCUUAUCGCUAUGUCACACCGGCAGCGUGUUCUCCAUCCGAUGUGAAACACCCGGACUUGUUUACCGCACAUUUAUGUCUCAGUUCAGCGGAUUGAUUUGGAGCCGCUUGUUGUUAGAAUGCGUCCAGGAGCGCGCUCUCCUCCUCUCGAUGCUGUGCAGUCCUCUCUGUGCCUGUGCCUCGUAGUUUUCCUCCACUGUGUUGAGGCUGCUCUGAAUGAAGGCGGUGUUUACAAUGGAGAGAAUAAGCAGGGUUCACAGAGGAGCAUCCUUGAUCAUGUUCAGAGUUAUGAGAUUACUUAUCCCACAUGGCUGCAUCCUCACAGACACAGGCGGUCCGCCACCAAAGAGCAUCCUGCAGAGGCACUGGUUCUGAUCUCAGCUGAGGGCCAGGAGCUCAAACUACACCUGGAGAGAAAUGAGCAGCUGUUGGCCCCUGGAUAUCAAGAAAUAUGGUACACUCCCGAUGGAGCCCGCAAGUCCUCCUCUCCUGCCAGCACUGGACACUGUUUCUACCAUGGGGAGGUUCUGGGCAUUGAAGGCUCAAGUGUUGCUGUUAGCACAUGCUCAGGACUCAGGGGACUGAUUUCUCUGAACACAAGCGUCAGCUACCUGAUAGAGCCUCUUCCUGUUUCCACGGGCGCACAGCAGCACGCUGUGUUCAGAGCCGAGAGUCUCCAUCUACCCAGAGGCAGCUGCCUGCAUCACCAUGGCAACAAGAAGCACGAGGAAGGCCUUGACGACUUCAUCCGUGGAAUGAUGUCACCGCAGAGCGUGAGGGAAAAAAGGGACCUGAGCCAGAAUAUGAAGUACGUAGAGCUGCUGAUAGUGGCAGACAAGGCUGAGUUUGAGAAGCAUGGUAGCAAUUUCGAGAACACUAAACGGAAAUUACUGGAAGCGGCCAACCUGGUUGACAAGUACUACAAGGCUUUGAGCAUCCGUGUGGCUUUGAUCGGUCUGGAGGUGUGGACCAGCAAGGACAUGAUCAGCGUUUCAGACAACCCCCACAGCACUCUGGCAGCGUUCCUGUCCUGGAGAGGCAAACAGCUCCGCACGCUCCCCAACGACAACGCUCAGCUCAUCACGGGGAAGGGGUUCCAGGGCACCACCAUCGGGCUGGCACCUCUCAGAGCCAUGUGCUCCGACUACCAGUCUGGGGGAGUGAACACGGACCACUCAGAGUCAGCUGUGGGUGUAGCUGCCACCAUGGCACACGAGAUGGGCCACAACUUCGGCAUGAGUCACGACAGUACAGGCUGCUGCCAGGCGAAGGCUGAAGACGGAGGUUGUAUCAUGGCUGCUGCUACUGGGCAUCCAUUUCCCCGUGUGUUCAAUGCCUGUAACCUGAAGGAGCUGAAGAGCUACCUGAGCUCAGGAGGAGGGAAGUGUCUCUUCAACUUGCCAAAUACCAGAUCCAUGUAUGGGGGGCAGCGCUGCGGCAACGGUUACCUGGAGGAUGGAGAAGAAUGUGACUGUGGAGAGGAAGAGGAGUGUACCAGUCCCUGCUGUAAUGCCAACAACUGCACUCUGAAAGCUGGAGCUGAGUGUGCCCAUGGCGUCUGCUGCGAUAACUGCAAGUUGAAGAGACCAGGUGAGCUGUGUCGUGCUGCCUCGGGGUCAUGUGACCUGCCAGAGUACUGCGAUGGGAAGGCAGAGUCUUGCCCUGCUAAUUUCUACUUAGUGGAUGGUAUAUCUUGUGCAGGCGGGCAGGCCUACUGUUACACCGGCAUGUGUCUGACCCUGGAGCAGCAGUGUCGCUCUCUCUGGGGACGAGAUGGCCGCCCAGCCCCUGACCUGUGUUUUAAGAAGGUAAAUGAGGCCGGGGACAUGUACGGCAACUGUGGCAAAGACCUGUUUGGAAAGUACAGGAGCUGUAAGGACAAGGAUGCUCAAUGUGGGAAAAUCCAGUGUUUAACUUCAGCCUCCAAGCCCAUUGAGAACAAUGCUGUUCGCAUAGAAACCACUGUCAGUUUUGGCAACAAGAAGAUCCAGUGUAUGGGAACACAUGUGUACAAGCCUGGGCAGGGGGACGAGGAGGGACAGGGUGACACUCUGGACCCAGGCCUUGUCAUGACAGGCACAAAAUGUGGUGAUGACUCGAUUUGCUUUAAUGGAGAAUGCCGCAAUGCAUCUUUCCUUAGAGCCAAUGAGUGCAAUGCCAAGUGCCACGGACAUGGGUUGUGCAACAACAAUCAUAACUGCCACUGUGACGCGGGCUGGGCUCCUCCUCUGUGUGACAAGAAGGGGUCGGGUGGGAGUGUGGACAGUGGACCUGUCAUCAGCCAGAGCAGUCUCCUUCCGGUCCUGCUGGUCCUCCCCCUGGUUCUCUUUGUAGUUUUGGCUGCUGUUGCACUCUGGUGCUGCUACAAACAUAAACUCCACCCACUGAAAACAUCUGCUACACUUCCGGUGCCAACCUGUUCAGUCCCAGUUGACAACAAGCCGCUGUUUGCCGACGGUCAUGUGAACGGCCAUGCCAACCCGACAUUCUUACUAAAAAAACAGGACCCAGAUCACCUGGGGAAAUCCUCUCCUCGUCCGAGCCCGUCUUGCUCAACUCGGUCCAGAAACGCCAUUGUGCGUCCAGCUGUGAAGCCUCCUCCCGUACCUGCGUAUGCUGCAGAGCAGACGCCUCAGCCUGUAGCUUCCUCUCAGAGACAGUACUCUCCUCAGGGUUACACUCCACCUCCCGUUAAAUCUGCGCAGCUCAGCCAACAGAGACGAACCCAGGCUCCUCCACCACCCUCAGGACCUCCACCUUUACCUUCCCUGCAUGCCAAAACCAACUCACAGCAUUCAGCAGUACCCAAACCCCGACCAGACCCUCCAAGCAGACCUCCACCGCCAUGCCCUCUCAACAGGCCAUCAGGGGAACAGCAACAAAUGAAAGGCCCUCAGGUUAACACCAAUGCUCUGCAAAGAGGAAAAGCUGCUUUGGCUCCAUCUGCUGGACAGAAAAAGCCAAACAGAAACUAAAAACUCAGGGAACCGUUGGGGACCAACACUUAAAGGACUGCCUCAGACUGUCUUUUUGAAUAUCAGCAGCUGACAAGAAAAUGUGGCACUGUGGGAUAUGAUGAAUACUUGACACUCUGGGUCUGUGGAUUACAGUGUGUUUACACUGAUGUGUACUGAGGGAAAGUGGUAGAGUCACAGCAAGUCAUAGUACAUAUCACAAUGUGUAUGUUUUAAGUCUUAAAUCUUUAAGAUUUAGACUGAAAGCCACAGUUGGUACCUUUUAUGAAAAUAACUUUUUGCCAUAUUUGCUGAAACUCUCACUACGUCCACAAAGUAUUGAAAGAGACGGGUAGUGUGUGAAAUAAUAAAGUUUGUGACCGAGCUGCCAUGUUGUUGGAGAUAGUCAAGUGAUGCACCGAGCACCACCUGGCUGCAGCAACUUUCUCAUUUUACAGCUAAACAGUACACAAAAAUAUGUUUCUGAAAUAUUUUAGGCAAGAAAUAGGCAACGCAGUAACAAAAUUUUGAUUCAUAUUUGAUCAACGCUGCCUAGUUUGACAGGCACCCGGGUACCCGUGAAUUUUGUCAUAUGGAUCACUGUAAAUUAUUCUGUUGAUCUGUUCUGUACGACAUCUAUUGCACAACUGUCCGUCCUGGAAGAGGGAUCCCUCCUCAGUUGCUCUUCCUGAGGUUUCUACCAUUUUCUUUCCCUUUAAAGGGUUUUUUGGGGGAGUUUUUCCUUAUCUGCUGUGAGGGUCCAAGGACAGAGGGAUGUCGUAUGCUGUAAGCCCUCUGAGGCAAAUUCUGAUUUGUGAUAUUGGCAAAAAGCUAUUUUUAUAAAAGUUACCAACUACAGUGUGAAUCUGUGUUGUGUAAAUUUGCCCUACGUGUCUGCUUUCACAACUUGAAACAGCGAAUGUUGUGGAUUAAAAAACAUUUUGUUAUUAUUGUCCCAAAAGUUAAUGGAAAUGUGAAAUUGUUCCAUGUGUGCAGCGGUGUUGAAACACUGGUACAGGAGUAUUUAUUCGCAAAGAAAAAAAAUGAAUGUUUACAGUGUAGCCUGUGUACUAAACAUGGUGUCUCUCAAAGAGCAUCAGCUGUAAAGGGAUAUCUUAUAUUAAGAAAAGAUGCCAAUGUUGAAGUGCUUCUGCUUCUUAUGUGUGAAUCAGAAUGGGAUUUUAACUGGACUACAGGGGAUCAGUGAAAGUCCUGCAUGCAUGCUGUAAGUAUAUGCUUAUGAUGAGAGAUACGUGUCUGAUAUGUAGCAGAAAAUGUUAGGGAUUUUUUCAGUUUCGCUGUUAGUUUUGUUUUAGUGAUUUUAUAUUGUUGUGGUGUUGCACUUUGAGCAAUCUUUUUAAUGUCAAAUAUUCAUCCACUGAUGCAUUAAACCCCGCAGACAAUGAGUAUUUGACUUUGUCUUCGUCCAGGGCAACAUUUCAAAUGAUUUCGCAUUGAAAAAAAAAAGAGCCAUAAUUUUAUUUACAUGUAUCAGUUAAUCAUGACAAUUUGCAACAUCAGUUUUAUUCAUUCUGCAUGUUCAUCUGCCGAUGCUUUUGAAACUGUUUAGUGGGCGUUCCCUCAUGACCAAAAUGCUAUAAAGUUACUCUAACAUCUGAGAAGAUAUUUCAGGCUGUGUGACGGUGAUCAUUUUGUAAUUAUUGUAAGGUAAUCUCAAAAACUUUGGUCCCUUUGACUGCUUGGCAGAUGACCUGGUUUUAUCUGUAAUAUGGAAAUACAGUGUCAGCUGCCAUGUUUUACCUUCCUAUCAGACCUAUGCAAACCCUGACACUGUGCAACACUGUGUCUUCAAAUGGAAUUCAAAUAAACACAUGAGAAAUAAAAAUAUGAUAUUAUACACUUUAA